GUGCAAAGUUAUUGUAGUGUUGCAGCCCCCGGAUUGUUGAACAUUUCAGCAUUUCCGCACGUCCGUUUGUAGAAAUUUGAUGGCAACUGGCAUUGUCUCUUCCUACGUAGAUGAGCUCAUGAGAUGAUAAAAUGCUUCGCUACAAGGUAGUAACAUUAGACAUCCAUAACACGCUGAUGCGUGUUAACAAAUCAACCGGUCAGCAGUACAGUAGAGCAGCACGACAGUAUGGCAUCAAGCUAGAUCCACAGGUUCUAGACAAGGCUUUCUAUACAGCCCUCAGAGAGCAAAGAGCAAAGCAUCCAAAUUAUGGAGUGCACACGGGUAUGACGUCCAGUGCAUGGUGGAGUGAAGUCAUCAGAAGAACCUUCAUGACGAGUGGCCAAGUCGAUAACCAGACGAUAAGCAAAAUCGCCACCACACUGUUUGAAAACUUCAAGACUCCCUCAAUGUGGGACGUCUUCCCGGAAGUUAAGUCAACACUCUCCGCUCUAAACAACGAGGGGGUAUGUCUAGGUGUGAUCUCCAACUGUGAUGAACGUUUGAUGGACGUUCUAAGAUCCGUUAAUCUUGCCUCACAUUUUGCUUUUAUUUUACUCUCUGUCUACACCGGGCAUCAGAAACCUGAUGCUGAGAUAUUUCGCAUGGCAAUGGAGAGGUUAAAGGUCCAACCAGAGGAGUGCCUGCAUGUUGGUGAUAAUGUGAGUCAAGAUUACGAGGGAGCGAGGGCUGUUGGAAUGUCAGCUGUGAUUGUGGAUAGGGACGGUUCAUUGGAGACGUCGAAUCCUCAUGUUGAUUCAGGACACUUCAUUCGGGAUCUUUCAGAGCUGACAUUGAUUGUGAAGUCAUGAAAUGUGUGAGAUAAAAACAAUGAUAGGUACUUCUUUGAAAGACUCAAACUCAAAGAGUUGUUCGCAAAUGUCAAUAGUUUGCCAAGAGAAUGCAUGCACGGAAUAUCCAUCAGCAUCCAUUAUCAAAAAAAGGAUGAAUUUAAACAUGCAUAGACGAACUUCAUUUAAUUUCUAUGUUUUGAAGCCAAGGACUCUCAGAAAAGCAAACUUAAUCACUCUACUAGCCAAGAACCCCAUGGAGAGAAGCA